UCUGUAGUUCAUCAUUAUUUUACUUUGGCAACAUUCCACCAUAAACGUCAACUAAUUGUUUUGUCAUUUCAAAAAGAAAAAGUCAAAUCUAGUAAUUUAUUUAUUUCAUCUUUAGUAGCGUCUUUUUGACCUAAUUACGACAAACUAAACUGAACACGUAUUAUAUUACUUACAAAACGUUUAUUUCACCAAAAUGACUGCGUUGGCGUUUAAAGUUAAAAGUAAAAAUGGUCAACAAAUACUUAAAGAUUUGACCUCUGAUAGCACGGUGGGCGAAUUGAAGAUGUUUUUGUCAAGUAUAUCAGACGUUAGCAUUGAGAGAGUGAGUGUUUUGUGUGGGUAUCCGCCGAAGCCGCUGGAUAUAAGCAAUGACAAUCAAAAACUUAGUGACAUUGGUUUGAAAACUGGAGAGACCCUCAUAGUAGAAGAGAAACCUGCUGCUGCGUCUGUUGCCACUUUGCCUGCUGAGCCUAAACCUGUUGAAAACGGUGUUGCGUCACACGAAACUUUAGUUCCCUGUAGACCAGGCAUUUUAAUGAAGAAGGUGGUCCCAUCAGAUAACUCCUGUUUAUUUACUAGUAUAGGUUUUGUAUUAAAUGGUAACGUAGAUACUACGGUACAUACACUAAUGCGAGAGAUUAUUGCAAUGGAAGUAGCUAGCGAUCUAGAAACUUACAAUGAGGCAGUCCUCGGUAAACCUAAUGCUGACUACUGCGUGUGGAUCCAACAGCCAAGCUCAUGGGGUGGUGCUAUAGAGGUAGCGAUCCUAUCUCGUUUCUAUGGGCUAGAAAUGGCUGUUGUGGACACACUGAAUGCGAUUAUAAAUAGAUUCGGUGAAGACAAGAAUUAUGGACAGCGAGUCUUUCUACUAUUCGAUGGCGUGCAUUAUGACCCCCUGUAUUUGGAACAAGUCGAUGGCGGUAUUCAAACAAUUUUCCCAACUGAAGAUAUGGAGAUUUAUAGAGAAGCGGAACAGUUGGCACACGAAGCCAAGUCGUCCAGACAGUUCACCGACGUGAACAAGUUCACUCUCAGGUGCAAUGUAUGUGACAAACUCAUUACCGGCUACGUCGAGGCACAGAAACACGCCAAAGAAACCACGCACACGAAUUUUGGUGAAGUUUAGCAAACAAUUACUUAGAUAAGGUCUUUCUCUAAUUAUGAUUGUGUCCGCUUGUUGGAUAAUGUUGAAUAUAUAAAGAUAUAUAAUUAGAAGUAAAGCUUUUAACAAGAUACUGACAGAGUUUAUCUACUUGUCUGUUUUAAAGUUGUUUAUUUUGAUCGAAUAACUUCUUCAAUUAUCCUAGCGUCUUCCGGAAUAGAUGUUUCAUUCGGUUCUCACUAUUUUGGCUGGAUUCAUUCAAAUUUCAUUCCUGUUAAUAUUUCGUACAACGCAAUAACCUCAUUUUUACUUAUAAUGAAGUGCACUUAUACUAGAUGAAAUAUUCCUAUUAAAAUAAUAUAAAUAAAUAGUCAAGCGGGCACAAUCACAUAGAAUAAUUUGUUUAGGAUUUUUAAUUUUUCCUUAUUCCAAGGACCCUAUUACUUGAGAGCAUAAUAAUAGUUGAAUUCGAGAUAAAUAUUGUUUGUUUCCAAUCUUAAAUAGGAAUUGUUAACGCGAGAUUUAUUUAUAUGAGAUGACGAUGCACAUAUCCUAGUAACGUCUAUUUUGUAUUAAUUUAUUUGUGAUUAGUCCUGGGUGUAGUAAAUCAAUUAUUUUUCCACAAACCUUGGCUCGAUCGAGUCUGACGCUAUAGUGGGUGUCUUUUGUAAUAGUAAUUAUUUAUUUUUAUGUUGUAUAUUUUUAGAUGCUCAAUAUUGUUUUUACCAAAGUAAGUUUUUUUUAUUAUGCGGCCCCUGUCAAUUAUUUAUGAGCACAGACAUAUAGCAUACUUCUCUAGGCAG